CUUCUCCACCACCGCCGCAAGGACUGCCGCCGUCCGUCGCUCUCAGGCACUACCAUCGUCGUCUGGUCGUCCGUGCUUCUUCCUCCUUCAAGAAUCGCAGCUUAUUCUUCCUCGACCUCGGCGCAUCAGAUCCUGGUAUUCAUCUGCUCCAUCGCGAUCCUGCCGCCGUCCGUCGGGCGCUCAGUCACCAUCGUCUUCGUUUGGUCGUCGCAGAUUCUUCCAACCCACCACCGUCUUCAGAGUUGUGUUCGUUGCCUGGCCUCUGUCUCCAUCACCAUUCUGCCCCCCUCUUCUCAGACUGCUCAGUAGAAAAACCCAUCUCCAUUCCAGUUUUCUUCCUUCGAGUUCAGAGAGCAGAAGCUCAACCAAGAACAAAACCUUAGACUUUGAUGGUCAGUAUGUACUCGAAGCCAUGCAUCAUAUCCCUCCAACUCCUUCCAUGGCUGCUGCAAGAGAAGAAUCUGAGAAUGUUAUGUUUGGUGCUUUGGAUAAUCUCUUUGCUAAUACAAAGAUUAAGCCUAAGGAUAUUGGUGUUCUUGUUGUGAAUUGCAGUUUGUUUAACCCAACUCCUUCACUUUCUGCAAUGAUUGUGAACAAGUACAAGCUUAGGGGUAACAUUAGAAGCUUCAAUUUGGGUGGUAUGGGUUGUAGUGCAGGAGUUAUAGCCAUUGAUCUUGCUAAGGACAUGCUUCAAGUUCAUAGAAACACUUAUGCUGUUGUUGUUAACACUGAGAACAUUACUCAGAAUUGGUACUUUGGGAACAAGAAAUCUAUGCUGAUCCCAAAUUGUUUGUUCCGUGUUGGUGGUUCUGCUGUUUUGUUGUCCAACAAAGGCUCUGUUAAGAGAAGAGCAAAGUACAAGCUUGUUCAUGUUGUGAGGACUCAUAAGGGUGCUGAUGAUAAAGCUUUCAGGUGUGUGUAUCAAGAACAAGAUGAUGAUGGCAAAACUGGUGUUUCUCUCUCAAAGGAUCUUAUGGCUAUUGCUGGUGGGGCUUUGAAGACUAACAUCACAACUUUGGGGCCUCUUGUUCUUCCAAUAAGUGAACAGCUUCUGUUCUUUGCUACUUUGGUUGUUAAGAAGCUUCUGAAUGCAAAAGUGAAGCCUUAUAUACCUGAUUUCAAGCUUGCAUUUGAUCAUUUCUGCAUUCAUGCUGAUGGGAGAGCUGUGAUUGAUGAGCUUGAGAAGAAUCUUCAGCUUCUGCCUAUGCAUGUUGAGGCUUCUAGAAUGACACCUCACAGAUUUGGGAACACUUCUUCAAGCUCUAUUUGGUAUGAGCUGGCAUACACUGAAGCCAAGGGAAGAAUGAGGAAGGGGAAUAGGGUGUGGCAGAUUGCAUUUGGAAGUGGAUUUAAGUGUAACAGGGCAGUGUGGCAGGCACUUAGGCAUGUCAAGGCUUCACCCAAGUCUCCUUGAAAAGAUUGCAUUCAUAGGUAUCCAGUGCAGCUUCUGGAGAGUAAGAUACAGGAGGCGAGAUCAAAGGAGGAUACUCUGAAAGCAAGAGCUCAAUCUGCAAAGUUUGUCCAAACCAUUUUCUGAUUGACUCGCAUUUUAUUACAGUCUAUUCCUAAUCCCUUUUAAUCCUGGUUUUUUAUUUAUGUAAUAAAUGUAACUCUCUGAUUUUGUUCUAGAACAAUUCAUUUUUCCAUUGAAUUUCUUGUCAUUUGUUGAAAGAAAGUGAAAGAAGUUUUGUGGUCAAAUAUUAACUGUAAGAAUAGUUAGAUCUCUUACGAAGAAUUCUGGUGUUGGAAAGUUAUGGCAUUAGCAU